AUGAAUUCGAAACUUGAAUCUGUUCUCGGGGCACUCCGUUGACUGGCUUCGAACGCUGCUCGUCAUACGGUGAGGCAAGGGCAAACGUCCCGAGGGCGUAACGUAAGCUUAAUUCUGGACAACUUUUUCAUCCGAGGAUACGACAAAAGAGUGAGACCAAACUACGGCGGGCUUCCUGUGGAUGUGGGAGUUACCAUGCAGAUAAUCAGUAUUAGCACCGUUUCCGAAGUCCAAAUGGACUUCACCUCAGAUUUCUACUUCCGCCAAAGGUGGCGAGACGAGCGAUUGUCGUUCGCCAAACUCCCCGACCUCGAAUCUAUGACUGUGGGCGCUGAAGUGGCGGAGAAGAUCUGGGUUCCCGACACCUUCUUCGCCAAUGAAAAGAGCGCCUACUUCCACACGGCCACAACCCCAAACACGUUUUUACGCAUCUCACACAACGGAGACGUGCUUCGUAGCAUUAGACUGACCGUUACGGCUAGCUGUCCUAUGGACCUGCGCUAUUUUCCAAUGGACCGACAAUCAUGCACCAUUGAAAUUGAAUCCUUCGGGUACACGAUGAAGGACAUCAGUUAUCGAUGGUCAGAGGGUGAGAAGUCCGUACGAAUCAGCAAAGAGGUUGAACUUCCACAGUUCAAAGUUUUGGGACACUCGCAACGUUCCAAAGCCGUAGUUCUCUCGACGGGAAAUUACUCCCGUUUAGUUUGCGAGAUUCGAUUCGUUAGAUCGAUGGGCUAUUACCUCAUUCAAAUCUACAUCCCGGCCGGACUGAUCGUCGUAAUAUCGUGGGUCUCGUUCUGGUUACACCGUAACGCCACCCCAGCGCGAGUGGCACUGGGGGUCACAACAGUUUCGACAAUGACCACACUGAUGUCGUCAACGAACGCCGCUCUGCCAAAGAUUUCCUACGUGAAAUCAAUCGAUGUAUAUCUUGGCACGUGUUUCGUGAUGGUAUUUGCGUCUCUCCUCGAGUACGCAACCGUAGGGUAUUUAGGGAAACGAAUCGCAAUGAGACGAACCCGAUGCCAGCAGAUGGCCAAGUUGUCGGAGCAACAACGCCUACUCGACCUGGGACCUUUCCAAGGAGGCUCCGUAUUCCCAGGGGGCACUCCCGGCUCAAGGGUUCAUACGCCGGGAGCCACCACUCCUCAUACGCCGCACUACGACAAAAGUUGCAUGAGCAGUCCUUCGCAAGAGGUCUCGCCGCAACUCGUCAAAAGCGUUAGCGCUUGUCAAGUGUGCCCCACGGCGGCACAAGCACCCAGAGAUUCAGGCCAAACUUACGUGAGUCUUCAUGAACGACGUCGAGGAGUUCCCGCGGAUCCGUGCUGUGCUGGAGCUGGAACCUUUGGUAGUGUCACGAGCUGUGGUUGCCCAGCUCAACCGAUUCCGCAGCUACCGCAACAACAACCAACGAUGCCUAUGGAGGUGCGUCUGCGCAUGAUCGACAGCAAGAGUGGCAUGCACAAAACAACUUCGUCAUUGGAAAACUCCGUGAGCCACUAGCCGCCCGGAUCUUUGGAUACCGCCCUCUGCAAGAAUCCAAACAAACUGUUUGGAGUUUCGCCUUCAGACAUCGACAGGUACAGCCGGGUCGUGUUCCCCGUCUGUUUUGUGUGCUUCAAUCUCAUGUACUGGAUAAUCUAUCUGCACAUUAGCGAUGUACUGCCUCAAGACCUUGUGGCCGAUGAUUUUUCGAGGCGGUGA